AUGCCGCCAAUGGACGCCAAGGCGCCGUCGCAAAAACCGGCCGAUCCCAUCCUCUUCUCCUUCCCCACCUCGGACGACCUCUCUCGCAAUCUCGCCGAUUUCGUCAUCAAAGCCCAGAACGAUGCCAUCGCACGACGAAACAAGUUUACGCUCGCCACCUCGGGCGGGUCGUUGCCCAAGAUGUUGGCCAAGUACCUCGUCUCCCGUUCCGACGACGCGGCGUUGAGGUGGGACAAGUGGGAGGUGUUUUUCUGCGAUGAACGACUUGUGCCGUUGGAUCACGAGGAUAGCAACUACGCCCUGUGUCAUCAGGAGUUUUUCUCCAAAGUGCCGUUGAAGAGGGAACAGAUCCAUACCAUCGAUGAAAGCCUCAUGGACGAUCCGGAGGAGUUGAGCGAUGCGUACGAGAAACAGCUCGUUGCGGCCUUCGCGGGGAAGGAAGCGGUGAGAAACCCCGUGUUCGAUCUCAUCCUGCUCGGGAUGGGCCCCGAUGGUCACACCUGCUCCCUGUUCCCGGGACACGAACUGCUGACCGAACAGGACAGGUGGGUCGCCCCCAUCGAGGACAGCCCCAAACCCCCCGCCAAGCGCAUCACUUUCACCUACCCCGUGCUCAAUCACGCUCAUCGAUUGGCUUUCGUCCUGGCCGGAGAGGGCAAACAGGAGAUGCUCAGCAAGGUCCUCGAUCAGCCAGAACUGGGUCUCCCCGCUAGCAGGGUGAGGCCCAGCCCACCAGGUGAUAUCUACUUCUUCACUGACGACGCUGCCAGCAAGACGACCAAGUACGGAAGGUCCGAGUUCAAGUUGUAG